AUGGACAAACUGGCAGGAGUCACAACGGACGGUUGUCCAAAUAUGACGGGUGAAAAUGUUGGACUUUUGAAACGUCUGCAAGAUAAAGUGAAUGAAAUCAACGCAGAUCAGAAAGUGAUAUUUUUGCAUUGUAUUUUACAUCAGCAUGUGCUGUGCAAGUCAGUGCUAAAAAUUAACCGUGUAAUUGAUGUUGUUACAAAAACAGUAAACUUCAUCAGGGCACGAGCACUAAAUCACAGGCAGUUUGUUGCACUGUUAGAGGAGUACGAGACUGAACACAGUGACAUCAGCUACCACACAGCUGUCAGAUGGCUCAACCUGGGCAAACUGCUACAAAGAUUUUGGGCCCUGAAAACAGAGAUCCGAGAGUUUUGUGAGAAGAAAGGCAAAGGCAUCCCAGAGCUCUCAGAUGAGGACUGGAUGGCAGAUUUUGCAUUUGCUGUUGAUGUGACUGCAUUGAUGACUGCACUGAACACCAAACUGCAAGGCAAGGGCCUUUUUGUCCAUGAAAUGCACAGCCUGGUGAAGGCAUUCAUGACCAAGUCGCAGUUUCUUUCAAGGCAACUGGAGAGCAACGAUAUCACUCACAUGCAAACCCUGAAGGAAGUCACACCAUCAGCUGACCACCUCCGCAGGUACUCAACUAUGUUAGGAGCGCUGCAUGGUGAGUUUUCAAGGCGAUUUGAAGAUUUCAGAACAAUGGAGGGUGAAAUGCAGAUGAUUUUCUGUCCCUUUACCUGUGAUGUGGAUAAUGCACCCAGUGAUGUUCAGCUGGAACUCAUUGACCUGCAGUCUGAUGCGAUACUGGCAGAGCACUUUAAGUCAGGAACACUGCUGGAUUUUUACUCUUCUCUCAAGGAGGAGAAGUUUCCAAACAUGAGGAGACAUGCUCAGAAGAUGUUUGUUCUCUUUGGCUCUGCCUACAUAUGCUCAGGGCAUGGCCAUGGCUUCUGUACCUAUGAAGAAGACAUGGCGUCUGUGCAUGUUGAUGAGGGAAGAAUGCGUGCCUUCUCUGCUAUCAGCUGCUAUGAAGGAGGUGUGGCCUCUGUGCCUGUUGAUAAGCUGUAA